GUGCGUAUAGCGUGACGUCACUAGCAGGGAGUCACACAGCAGAUCCGCUUCAUCCAUCUAUUUUAAUAUAAACUUCAUCUGGGCGUUUCAAAAACCUGUUAUAUAUUUAGCUGUCACCACUUCACCCAAACGUGCUGCAAUGGCUGACCCGAAGUAUGCCAACCUGCCUGGCAUCGCAUCCAACGAGCCUGAUGUGUAUGAGACAUGUGAUCUGCCCGAGGAUGAUCAGGCCCAGUUUGAGUCGGAGGAGUUGUGCAGCGACAGCGUGGAGCGGAUUGUCGUCAAUCCAAACGCCGCCUACGACAAAUUCAAAGACAAACACGUCGGCACAAAGGGUCUGGAUUUCUCUGAUCGCAUCAGUAAGAGUAGCAGGGUGGGCUACGAGUCUGGAGAUUACGAGCUUUUAGCGGAGGGUUGUGGGGUGAAAGAAACUCCACAGCAGAAAUAUCAACGACUGGUGAAUGAGAUUCAUGAGCUGUGCCAGGACGUGGAGCAUAUUCAGGUGAGCACUAAAGAGAGCGGUGAAGAAGAGCGUCUCACUCCAGUGGCGUUGGCACAGCAGGCGGCACAGCUCAAACAGCAGCUGGUAUCUGCUCAUCUGGUCCUGUUGGGACCAAACGCUCAUAUCAACCUCACCGACCCGGACGGAGCGCUGGCCAAGCGGUUGUUGACUCAGUUGGAGGUGGCGCGGGGUGUGCGGAGCUCUGCGGGCGGCGAGGGGAAGACGGCGCCACCCAAAGGCCCUGAUGGAGUGAUUCUGUACGAGCUCCACAGUCGACCAGAGCAGGAGAAGUUCACUGAAUCUGCAAAGGUUGCUGAGCUAGAGAGGCGAUUGGCUGAACUAGAGACCGCUGUGGGAUCGGGAGCAGAUAAACAGGGUCCUCUCAGCGCAGGGGUUCAGGGAGCAAGUCUCACGGACACUAUACUGCUGCUGCAGGCUCGAGUGAGCGCACUGGACGCCGCGACUCUGGACCAGGUCGAAGCCAGGCUACAGAGCGUUCUGGGAAAAAUGAAUGAAAUCGCAAAGCACAAGGCUGCCAUUGAGGACGCUGAGACCCAAAAUAAGGUGUCGCAGCUGUAUGAUGUCGUUCAGAAGUGGGAUGCGAUGGCGACCUCACUUCCUCAGGUGGUACAGAGACUGAUCGCUGUUAAAGAACUACAUGAGCAGGCGAUGCAGUUUGGGCAGCUGUUGACUCAUCUGGACACGACACAACAAAUGAUCAACAACUCACUGAAGGACAACACUACUCUACUAUCACAGGUGCAACAAACCAUGAAGGAGAACCUGGUGUCUGUGGAAGAAAACUUUGGCGCUCUGGACCAGAGAAUGCAGAAACUGUCCAAAUAAAUGCUUGUUUUUAAAUUGAGGAUGAAAGGGAGACGAUUUUCCCGUCCAUUAGAGUCCAGCUGUUUUUCUCACGUCAUGACCUUGUUUUCUGCAAAGUUUGAGACCAAAUGUUCCACACUACAGAACACUUAACCUUUGAACCUUAGGGGUCUCGAAUGCGCUGAUGCUGAUCAUUAUGAUACUGUAACUUACAUACACAAACUCCAGUGUCUAAUUCAACCGAGUAUGGAACUUCCUGUUUGAAAGAUGAUUUAGUGUCCUUAGUUGUGUAACAGCAAAUUAUUUGUUUUGUAUUUAAGCGCCGCCUUUCAUUAUUCAUGAUAGAUAUGGGGAUUUUAGGUUUUUGAGUCGGAAACUGGCAGAGGAGAGAUUAUGUGUGUGUGUGUGUAUAUAUAUAUAUAUCCCUGUAUGUACCAUUGAUGUAUUAUUAAGCGCAAUGUUCAACGAUUAUGAUCGUCAUUUUCCAAGAUAGAAUUUAAAUUAAUCUCGAGAUGUGAUAAUAAACAUGCUUUCAGAAAUGUCAUACAAGCCUUAAUCACUGCCGACACGCACUACAGAAUUCCCAAGACAUUUCCAGUAUAAAAAAUGCAACAUUUUAAAUGUAUAUUCAUCCAAAAUGUUUCUAUGUCACAUUUGUGUGAUAUGUUCCAAUUACAUCAAUAACUAAUAAUUUUGCAUGAAAGCGAGAAUUUAAACAUGCAUGAUGUUAUAGCUGAAAAUGCAUAUCAGAGCAAAUAAAAUAAAACAAUUCUGACAAUCUGCAAUUCCAUGAUAUUUCAGGCUUUUCCAUAAUUAAGAGAAAUUAUAAAACCGUCAUUGUUUAAAAUGUUUUAUUUUGUUAAAAAAAAAAAUCAACUCCCAACAAAAAAGGAAACGCUACUUGUUCACAAUUCUCAAAGUACUUUCUUUACAAAUGAAACACGAAUAUGAGAAAGGAAAAGGAUUCUCUGCAGGAGAAAUAUUUUACACUUUGAUCAUUUUUUCCUAAAAAAGGUGUACAAAAUAAAAUACUAAAACUGUACAUAUUUACAUAAAAUUCAAUAGUAAAAUUGCAUAAUCAGCCUCAUUAUUUUAAAUAUUCUUGUGCCUGUGUUGAUGGAGUGGCUCGCAGUAACACACAGCACUGUGCUGACACUAUCCAUGACUAAAGCCCCUAAAAACCUACAAAAACAAUCUCACACACGCACACACACACACACACACGUAUACUAACAAAAGUCCUACUAGAGUUUCGGGCUGAAAAACCUGGUCAUGAGGCAGUCUCAAAAAAUAAAAAUGACAAUAUUGUGAUACUAAAUCAGUCAGUUGUUUGGUUAGAGUUGGAAAGGAGCAGAUUCCCAGCGGCUCUGGAACACGCAGUACCACUGAUGGACACAUAGGGAGCGCUAGAGACACGUGUCAUACAAGAGCGAUAAACAUACAGUUUUGUUAAAGAUGUACAACAAAAUGGAGGAAAUGUGAGUACAUGCUUUGAAGUUCACAUUACUGUUAUUACACCGGCACACAUUCAUCAAACUAUUCGUAAAACUGCCGCAUUCAGGCGAUAUAAUUAUUAAAGUAGCAAAUUCAUGUGACAGCAAUAAGCUGCCAAAUUCCUGUCACAAUAUAAAAUUGUUGAAAUUAAUUUGCCAAAUGUGACGAUAAAAAAAAAAGUAAUUCAUGUGACAAAAAUAAUGUGUGAAAAAAAUUAUUAAAUUGUCGAAAUCAUGUGACAACGAUAAUUAUUAAAUUGUCAAAUUCACAUUAAAGACGACAAUUAAAUUCUUGAAUUCAUGUGACAAAAAUAAUUGUCAAAUUUAUGUGAAAAUAAUUAAAUUGUCAAA